UUUAAUGUCAGAUUUUACUUAUUCUUUUAAUAGAGAGCGAAAAUAACUAACUAGCUCUAAGUUAGCAUUAGCAUUAGCAAUGAUUCUGUUUUAUGUGCUUUUUUAUUGUUUGUAUAAAAACAACACAAUCCAAAAUGUCCUACAGGUUCAACGUGUCUUAGAAAUACAUCAAUAAAUCGCUGGCUAGAUAACAUUUUAACUGGAAAUAGAGCUUUAAAGUUGGCUAAAAAUUAUAGUUAACAGCUAAUUAACAGCUUAUUGUCAUUUUUGUUCUGGACGAUCAAAACACUGCAGUUGUGUAAAAGACACACACAAGACCAUAGAGAUAAUGCUUAAGACUGAAAUAAGAGGAAAAACAUGAACCAAACAUCACAACAGAACAAAGAACAGACACUUAUAUAACACUUAUAUAUCAAAAAUCUACUUCAAGGAUUAAAUCAUGUAUCUUUCGUCACAUAAUCAUGAGGAAAAAUAGAAUAGAGUCAUGACUUGGUUGUGUAGCUCUAUAACCUAUAAUAGUGUCGGUCAGUUCACUAGUAUAUAAAGCCUCCAGUGAAGGAUGGUGUUUAUUUAUAACAGCAAGAGAGGACACAUUUUUUUCAGCACACACAUAAAGAGAAGACGAUCCAGCAGAAUGUCCCGUCCUAUGGGUGACAGCCAUAAGCGGUUUUUACAGACCAUGAUGAGGAAUGGUAUAAUCAGUAGUGUUCAAGCCAAGGCACUUUAUCGCCAUUGUUGUGAGACUCACGGAGCUCAUUAUUUGCCAGAUAAGUUGGAGGAAUUCAUCGACGUCAUCAAUACUAACCUUCAGCCCAUGUUCAUGCACGUUAGAAAAGGCACGUCAGAAGAGGACGGAGCGCAGCACUACGCCUUGGUGAACGUGGCCGAAACAGACAUCACGAGAAUGUCUUCUGAUUACGCUGAUAACGAACUGGAGCUGUUCAGGAAAACGAUGGAUCUGAUUUUAGACGCAGAGAACGGUAGCGCCUCUUCCACCGAUCUUCUGAAUUGCGCCGAUCGUCUCCAGACAAAGAAACUGAAAAAGAAAGAGACGGAGCAAGUGCUGAAUAAGUUUGUCCAGGACAAAUGGUUAAAUGAGAAACAAGGAGAAUACACUUUAAGCACUCGUUGUAUCAUCGAGAUGGAGCAGUAUAUGCGUACAGUUUACCAGGACCUCAUCAGGGUGUGUCACGUGUGCCACAACAUCGUCUUACAGGGCCAAAUCUGUGAAAACCCUGAUUGUGGGAUCAAGAUGCAUUAUUACUGCGUUGCCAGAUAUUUUAAAGGGCGCAUCGACCCACACUGCCCUUCCUGCAGUGUCUUCUGGGCUCACGAGGUCCCCGAAAUCCAGCCGGAGUCACAAAGCCAGUCUUCAUCUGCCAGAGAGACGUCUGCUUCUACACCGUCUACUUUGGCCACACGCCGCUCCAGGAGGCUGUGACGUCACACACACACACCGCAUCCUCAUCUCAGGCCUGGAGUGGAGAUUAAAAUGUGAUACUGUGGUUGUAUUUUGUGUAGUUUGUUUUUAAGUAAAAUGCUGUACAGGAUGUACAACGGUAAGCAAUUGCACUAUAGAUAUCCUGAACUGCUGUAUAAAACAGUAAAUAUUCAGAAUAGGAAAUUUAUCGGAUUAUACAAUCAGCUUCAAAUGUUCAUCGCUUCUUGUUUUAUAUUUUUGAUACAUUUAAUAAAAGAAUGUUUAUCGUUUGAA